CUGUCCCCAGAGUAAGAUAGUUUUUGACGCCAGAGCAGCCAGCAUGAGCUUCAACUUUCCUAUACCUGACUGGGGCGAUGAUGAGGGCUUCCACUACCCGGGCAUAAGUAUUGAUGAAGAGAUUGUUAUCAAGGAGAAGUCAAAGAAUAAGAAGAGGAAGCUCAAUGGUGAUGGCACAUUUGAGAAGCAUAAGCAAGAGGAUUGGGAGGUUACACUGCAAGCCUCCAAGAAAAAGAAAACAGGCAAGAUAGAUACAGUGACUGAGAUCAAGAAAAUUCAAGGCACAAAGGAACUCACUAGAAGUGAACCAAAGAAGAUAAAAAAGGAAGAAACAAAGAACAAGACCAAAAAGACAUUCUCAAACCAAGAGAAUCAGAAUCAUGCCUCAGAACUUCAGAAUAAGACAGGCAAUAAAAACAAAAAGAAGAAGAAUAGGAAAAACAAUAAGUACAAAGAACUUAACGAAAGACAAAAAGAAGAGAGGAUAGCAAGUCAAACUAGUAUGGCAGAAAGCAAAAGUGAAUCCAAACAGCAAAAUAUAAUGACUAUUAAGAAGAGCCAAGAAUCUUUUCAAGUCCUUGCAUCAAAAGAAGAGGUAGAAUCAACUCAAGACAAGGAGGUUAAGAAGAAAAAGAAAAAGAAGAAGAAAUCCAAGUCAUUAGAUAAUGCAAACAACACUGUACAUAAGGAAGACAGCACAGUUAGCCUGAAGAAUAGUCCAGACACAUCUCAUCAUGAUGCCAAGCAAGACAUGAAGGAUGCCAAUGGUCAUGGGAGUGAAAUUAACUCCCAUAAUUCACAAGCCAUUGAUGUUGAUAUUAAGAAAAAGAAGAAAAAAAAAUCUGUCAAUAAGACUUCCAAUGUCAUUUUGUUAAGUGACAACAGUGAGCAGUCUUGUCCUGAGAGCAACAGCCACCUGAAUGCAAGUAAUGCAAAACUUAAAAAGAACAAAAUCAAAAGUGAGAAUGGUGAUGUAGACAUAAUUGAAAUAGAAGAUAACAUUGGAAUUUCUGCUUCUAAACAGGAAUCUGAAGAGGUGGUUGCUGAAGACAGAACCAAGAAGGAAAAGAAAAAGAAAAAAAAGGAAAAUUUAUUGAAAGCCAAAGACAGCACUUCAGAUUCCAAAGUUAAGAUAGACAAACAAAUGAAUGGAGGAAAAUUCUUAAAGAUAAAAGAGAAUGAUGACAAAGAAGAACUAAUUUUUGAUGGUGAUGAAGAGUGUAGUGAAAGUUUCAAGAAAGAUUUGGGUGAUCUCUUAUCUAGUCUGAAUUUUAGCCAAAUGAAAACCCUAGAUUCAAGCAAAGUUGGAAAAAAAAGCAAAGGGAAAAGUAACAAUGUUGAUGACAAUGAUGAUGAAUUUGAGAUGAGCAGUAGACAAGAAUUUCCUCCUACAAAAAAAUGUAAAAGAUCAAUGGACAAGGACAAUGAAGAUGAAAAAAAAAAUAAUGGUUUAGUAAAGAAGAAGAAUGAGAGUGCCAAAACAAAUCAAAAGAAAUUAAACAAUAGACAAGAUUCAAAUGAAAGUCAAACUCCUAAAUCACCUGUCAAAAAAAAGGCUAAAUUUAACAAAGAAAGAGUGGCAAGGUUGCUGGAAGAAGCAGCAAAGAUAGAGAGGGAGAAACAGAGUAGUACCCCCUCUACGCCAAUUGACUCACUCAAGCACAAGAUGGAAGAGAGACUAAUGGCAGCCAGGUUCAGGAUGGUCAAUGAGGAACUCUAUACCAGAAGCAGCAGUGAGGCACAGCAGCUCUUCAAGAAGGAUCCUGCAGCCUUUGACGCUUACCACCAUGGUUACCAGUCACAGGUCCGCCAGUGGCCUGUUAACCCCUUGGAUUUAAUCAUCAAAUGGCUCAGUAAAAAGCCCAAGGAGUGGGUGGUUGCUGACAUGGGAUGUGGAGAGGGAACACUGGCCCAGCGUGUGCCCCAAAGCUGUGUUCACUCCCUCGACCUGGUGGCAGCGAAUUCCCAGGUAACAGCAUGUGACAUGGCCCACACACCCCUGUCAGCAGCUUCUGUGGAUGCAGUGGUGUUCUGCCUCUCCCUAAUGGGUACCAACCUCAAGGACUUCAUGAUGGAAGCCAACAGAAUUUUGAAAGCAGGAGGUAUCAUGAAGAUAGCUGAGGUAGAGAGUCGAUUUGGAGAUGUGAAGGAGUUUGAAAAACAUCUGGCAAAGUAUGGCUUUCACUGCACAGCUAAAGAUACUUCUCACCAGUACUUCUUUCUUUUUGACUUUAAGAAAACCCACAAGCUCAAGAAGACAAUAAGUUUGCCAGACAUUUUCUUAAAGCCAUGUUUGUACAAAAAGAGAUGAGCCUCCACUUAUGGUUGAGGUCUUGUUGUGUACAUGACAGUUCAGGUACAGUACAUCUUAUAGUUACUGUAUUGACUCCUUAGUACAUAUUUGUCUUUCUACAUGUGCCUUAUCAUUAAACAUUUCCUAGAUUAUGGGUACAUGGUUAUUGGCAUUUCUUUGCUUAACAUUGAGUGGGUGAUGGACAGAAAAAGUUCACAGUGAUGCAUACUAGUUGGCCUCUUGCUGCUGGAUUGCUUCAUGGGAAACCAGUUGGAAUCUUGAAGCAAUAGUGGCACAAAGUCCAGUUCAGCAGACAUUAGUGUGCAUACAACUGAUGUUUGAUUACAUAGCUCAUCACAUUCUUGCUGUGUUUGAAACUACAAAAACCUAAUCUUUGUCAGAUCAACCUUUUAAAGUCCCAGAAACCAAUCUUUACUGGGUAGCAUUCUCAGUAAAGAAUAGCAAAAAAAAAAAAAA